ACAACCAAAAAUCCAUAUUAAUAAAUCAUGAGAUAAUCCGAACUCGAAUUCUCUCAUCGGGAGUAAGUGCAAAGUUUUAAAAAGGUACCAAAAAGGAAACUAAAAUAUAAACUUUGCCAAGGCGAGCAGAGCGAGGUAUUUAAUUUCACAACAAUCGGAAGACAUCAUGCCACUCACGAGAAAGUCACAUGGAUAGCACUCAACGGAAGUCACGAGACACGAAAAAAGCCAAGAAAAGUCGAGGAAGUCACACGCUGUCACAUCAGAUGCCGGUGGCAAGCGUGUGAAGCAAGAUGGUGGCUGCUGAAUUGUGUAAGAUUGUGGUGGUUGCACUUGCGGUUAUUUCUGUAGGAGAAGCGUUUCGUCUUCAGGCUCGCUUCCCUCGCCCUCAAGGAAAGGAUUUCGAGCAUCAUGCCAAGAGACAUUUGUGUAAGUUUUGCAUUUACGAGACAAGGACGUUUCGCCAAAAGCUGGAUCACUUCAACUUUAACAACAAUCGAACCUUUCUGCAACGCUAUCUUGUCGCCAUGAAAAAAUGGGAUAAGGGAGAACCGAUUUUCUUCUACACCGGAAAUGAAGGAGAUAUCACUUGGUUUGCCAAUAACACAGGAUUCAUGUGGGACAUUGCUGACGAGUUCAAAGCGAUGUUAGUGUUUGCAGAGCAUAGAUACUACGGCAAAUCGCUACCGUUUGGAAAAGAAUCUUACAAGGGACCACAAUAUUUAGGAUAUUUGACAUCGGAACAAGCGUUGGCAGACUUUGCUGUUCUCAUUCGUCACCUUAAGGAUACCAUUCCAGGAGCAAGUGACAGUCCCGUUGUAGCGUUUGGAGGCUCAUACGGUGGUAUGCUGGCUUCAUGGUUUCGAAUGAAGUAUCCAAACAUUGUUAUAGGGGCCCUCGCUGCUUCUGCGCCAAUUCUUCAAUUUACAGGCAUGACACCUUGCGAGAAGUUUUACCAAAUCGUCACCCAAGAUUUCCAUCGUGAUGGAGGGGAUUCGUGCGUAGAUUCCGUGAAAAAGUCGUGGAAUAUUGUCAAAACUUAUGGAAAAACAGUCAGUGGACGAAAAACUUUAUCAAAGAUUUUUAAGUUGUGCUCGCCGCUGAAAACUCAAGACAACGCUACUCAGUUAGAAUACUGGCUGACCGAGACCUGGGUCAAUUUAGCGAUGGUGGAUUAUCCAUACCAGGCCAGUUUCUUGGAGCCUCUUCCAGCUUGGCCUAUUAAGGUCGCCUGUAAAUACCUUCAAGACGAAUCGUUAGAAGGCGACAAACUUCUUGAGGCAAUUGCUCGGGCUGUGGGUGUGUAUUACAACAGUUCAGGUCAAGCCAAGUGCUUCAACACUUCACAGCAGGCUGUGUCAUUCCUUGGAGAUGAAGGCUGGUAUUUUCAGGUCAGUAACCUCUGGCAUUGCUUUAUAAGUGUGUGGAAAAGUGCUUUAAGUGCGGUCAUUCACCGAUAUUUCCUUUCUGUAAAAAGCGUAGUUUUGUGCUGUUCUUGGUGAAGUGAAAGGCAAGCGUCGGGCUCAGGUGAAGUGCGCCGGGAGAGGCCCCUCUCCUGUACCGCGUGACUCGGGCUUCACGCUCGUGUCAGUAGUUCGUGUACUUCUUCACGAAGAAACCAGGGGAAACAGCGUGCUCUACCAAAGAUUGGA